AUGCAGUUGUGGGGGGUCAGUGUGCUCCUCACUGACACAGGACCAAAGGUGGGGCUGUGCACUGUGGUCACUGGCAUCCUCGGCCAGCACUUUGCACCAGACCCAGCCAUGUGUCAGUCCUGGCACCUCCUGGCCACCCUGACCCUGCUCACAGGGUCUCUGGGCUGGGCCUGGGUGCCCAACCACUGUGAGAGCCCCUGGGAAGCUGUGUGCAACUUCGUGUGUGACUGCAGGGACUGCUCGGACGAGAUGCAGUGCGGCUUCCACGGGGCCGCUCCCACCCCAGGCACCCCCUUCACCUGCAGCUUCGAGCAGGACUCCUGCGGCUGGCAGGACAUCAGCACCUCGGGCUACAGCUGGCUUCGGGACCGGGCAGGAGCUGCAGCGCAGGGGCCCGGGGCACACGCAGACCACACGCUCGGCACCGACCUGGGCUGGUACGUGGCUGUGGACACACACCAUGGGAAGGAGGCGUCCACGGCAGCCCUUCGCUCGCCCCCGCUGCAUGAGGCGGCUGCCUCCUGCGGGAUCCGGCUCUGGUUCCACGCAGCACAGGGAGAUGUGGCUGAGCUCAGACUGGAGCUGACCCAUGACACUGAGACGCUGACCCUGUGGCGGAGCUCAGGACCUUGGGGCCUUGGCUGGCAGGAGCUGGCAGUGGCCACAGGGCGCAUCUGGGGUAACUUCUGGGUGACCUUCUCCGCCACCCGAAAUGCCACCCACAGAGGUGCAGUGGCCUUGGACGACGUGGAAUUCUGGAACUGUGGACUCCCCAGCCCCAGGUCCAGCUGCCCCUUGGGGCAGCACCACUGUCGAAACAAGGCCUGUGUGGAACCCUACCAGCUGUGUGACGGGGAGGACAACUGUGGGGACCGCUCAGAUGAGGACCCCGCCACCUGCAGCCGACACACAGCCACCGACUUUGAAACCGGCCUGGGUUUGUGGACUCACUCAGAGGGGUGGUCCCGGAACUGCAGCACGGGAGGUCUCAACCACGCUGCCUGGCCGCGCAGAGACCACAGCCGGAACAGUGCAAAGGGCUCCUUCCUGAUCUCUGUGGCAGAGCCCAGCGCCCCUGCAGUCCUCUCUAGCCCCCAGCUCCAAGCCUCAGGCACCCACACCUGCACGCUGGUCUUCUAUCACUACCUGCACGGGUCCGAGGCCAGCAGCCUCCAGCUGUUCCUGCAGCCGCGGGCCGCUGGUGCCCUCCAGGCCCCCACCCUGCUGCACAGCCGCCAUGGGGAGCUGGGCGACGUCUGGGUCCGAGACCAGGUGGACAUCCAGAGCAAGCACCCUUUCCAGAUCCUGCUGACAGCACAGACGGGCCCAGGCGGUGUCGUGGGCCUGGAUGACCUCAUCUUGUCUGACCACUGCACCCCACUCCCAGAACCAUCCACCCUGCGGGCACCGCCUACUGAGUCCCAGGCCACAGCCCCCCUGCCCCCAAAAGCCCGGGACUUCUGUGAACCUGGGCACCUCUCCUGUGGGGAGCUGUGCGUCCCCCCUGAGCAGCUGUGCGAUUUCCAGCAGCAGUGUGCAGGGGGCGAGGAUGAGCUGCUGUGUGGCACCGCAGACUUCGAGACCACGACCGGGGGCUGGGAGGACGCCAGUGUGGGACGGCUACAGUGGCGGAGGCUGGCAGCCCAGGCGGGUGGGGCACCCGCUGGUGAGGCCUUUGAAUUACCCCCAGGACACUUCCUGUCCCUGCAGAAGGCAUGGGGGCAGCUGGGGGCUGCAGCCCGGGUCCUCACACCGGCCCUGGGUCCCUCGGGCCCCACCUGUGAGCUCCACCUGACCUACUACUUCCAGAGUCAACCCCGAGGUCUGCUGGCACUGGUCAUGGUGGAGGGCAGCUCCCGGGAGGUGGUGUGGCAUGCUCAGACCAGCAGCACUGGUGGUUGGACAGGGCACACGGUCCCGCUUGGGGCACGCCGCCGGCCCUUUCGGCUGGAGUUUGUCGGCCUGGUGGACCUGGAUGGCCCUGGGCAGCAGGGUGCUGGCGUGGACAACGUGACCCUGAGGGGCUGCAGCCCCACAGUGACCACUGAGAAGGACAGAGAGGUCACCUGUAACUUUGAGCGGGACAUGUGCGGCUGGCACUGCAGUCACCUCACAGAUGUGCGCUGGCGACGGGUCAAGAGCCAGGGUACUGGCUACGACCACACCACGGGCCGAGGCCACUUUGUGCUUCUGGACCCCACCGAGCCCCUGGCCCGGGGCCCCAGUGCCCACCUGCUCACAGGGCUCCAGACACCAGUGGCCCCAGCGGAGUGCCUGUCCUUCUGGUACUACCUCCAUGGGCCCCAGAUCGGGACGCUGCGCCUGGCCAUGCGGCGAGAAGGGGCAGUGGAGACAGUCCUGUGGUCACACUCAGGCUCCCAUGGCAACCGCUGGCACCAGGCCUGGGCCACCCUCACCCACCACCCCAACUCCAAGUACCAGCUGCUGUUCGAGGGCCUGCGGGACGGCUUCCGGGGCACCAUGGGGCUGGACGAUGUGGCCGUUCGGCCUGGUCCCUGCUGGGCCCCCAGGCGCUGCUCCUUUGAGGAUUCUGCCUGCGGCUUCUCCUCAGGCGGCCAGGGUCUCUGGAGGCGCCAGGCCAACGCCACGGGGCUGGCCGUGCAGGGUCCCUACGUAGACCACACCACUGAGACGGCACAAGGGCACUACAUGGUCGUGGACAUGAGCCCCCAUGCCCUGGCCCGCGGCCACGUGGCCUCCCUGACCUCGGAGGAGUACGGGCCCCUGGCCCAGCCCGCCUGCCUCACCUUCUGGUACCACAUGAGCCUCUGGAACCCAGGCACCUUGCGGGUCCACGUGGAGGAGGGUGAGCGGCGCCAGGUGCGCAGCAUCAGUGCGCACGGUGGGACAGCCUGGCGCUUGGGCAGCGUGGACGUGCAGGCUGAGCGGCCCUGGAGGGUGGUGUUCCAGGCUGAGGCAGCGGGCGUGGAGCACUCAUACAUUGCAGUGGAUGACCUCUUUCUCCAGGAGGGACCCUGCCCCCAGCCAGCGUCCUGUGACUUUGAGUCCGGCCUGUGUGGCUGGAGCCGCCUGCCCUGGCCCGGCCUAGGGGGGUACAGUUGGGACUGGAGCAGUGGGGCCACACCCUCCCAGUACCCUCAGCCUGCUGUGGACCACACUCUGGGCACCGAGGCAGGUCACUUUGCCUACUUUGAAACUGGCGUGUUGGGCCCCGGCGGCCGGGCAGCCUGGCUUCGCAGCGAACCACUGCCUGCCACCAAAGGCUCCUGCCUCCGCUUCUGGUACCACAUGGGCUUCCCCGAGCACUUCUACAAGGGGGAGCUAAGGGUGCUGCUGAGCAGCGGCCGGGGGCAGCUGGCCGUGUGGGGCGUGGGCGGGCGCCAGCGGCACCAGUGGCUGCAAGGCCAGGUGGAGGUGGUGAGCCCUGAGGAGUUCCAGGUGCUGUUUGAAGCCACCCUGGGUGGCCAGCCCACCAUGGGGCCCAUCGCCUUGGAUGACAUAGAGUACCUGGCUGGGCAGUCCUGCCAGCCGCCUGCACCCAGCCAGGGGUAUGGGUCUACGCCCGCGUCCACAUCGGUGCCCGCCCUGGUUGCCGGAGCCCUCCUCCUGCUGCUUCUGGGACUGCUUGGACUUGCUGGGUGGCACUGGCUGCGGAGGAAAGGGAGCUGCCCCUUCCAGGGGCGCCCAGACGCCGGGCCCACUCCAGGCUUCAGCAACAUUCUUUACAAUGCGGACCGCGUCACACUCCCAACGCCGGUCAUCAGCGACCAGUAG